UAAACGCACGCACUUAUUUAAAUAGCACGCGCAACGGAAGUGCUAUCUGGAAGAAAAUAAAAAAUAAAUAAAAAAAAAUAAUAUAUUCAUUGUGGCAUAUCAAAGAUAACAAAUUGUCGCCGCAUAGCCCUUGAACUCGCUGCUGCCGUUGCAAGCGUUGUGUGUGAGAAGAGUGCAGUGAUUAGGUGUGAGAGUGGCGGCGAAAAAGCUUUUGUAAACUAAAUCGUCAAGUUUGACGAAAAUUGUAAUUAGUAGUUUACUCUCAUAGCCGCUUUGACGUACUUCGAACAGUUGAUUUUCCAUAGCAACAUUUCCUCUACAGAUCUACGAAACAGAAAGCAUAAAAGCGUAUUUUUUAAAGAAUAUACACGAAGGCAAUUAAAUAAAAUACGCAUUAUAUUUUGAAACAUUUAUCGCUCGGUGUGUGCUUUUGCAAUACAUAGUUGCAUAUAGUAUAAAUUCAUAAAACACGGGAUUCGAUAAUUGAUAUUAUUUUUAUUUUUUAUAUUAUUUUUUACGAUGGCUGACCAACUGACAGAAGAACAAAUCGCUGAAUUCAAAGAGGCAUUCUCGCUCUUCGAUAAAGAUGGUGAUGGCACCAUCACGACAAAAGAAUUGGGCACAGUGAUGCGAUCACUGGGACAGAAUCCAACAGAAGCCGAACUGCAAGACAUGAUAAAUGAAGUCGAUGCUGACGGCAAUGGCACCAUAGACUUCCCCGAGUUCUUGACAAUGAUGGCACGCAAAAUGAAGGAUACCGAUAGUGAAGAAGAGAUCCGAGAAGCCUUUAGAGUAUUCGAUAAGGACGGCAAUGGCUUCAUUUCAGCGGCUGAAUUGCGUCACGUCAUGACAAACUUGGGUGAAAAGUUAACAGAUGAGGAAGUGGAUGAAAUGAUCCGGGAGGCUGAUAUCGAUGGUGACGGUCAGGUCAAUUAUGAAGAAUUCGUGACUAUGAUGACAUCGAAGUGAGCAGAUAAAUUACUUGUUUUUAAGCCUUUCUAUGUUUUUAAGAUGUUGACGAAGACUGUAGCUGUGCGCCACAACAUCGCGCCACGCUGUUGCUAUGGAAACCGUUGAAAAGAAUAUAUAUAAAUCUUGAGAAAAAAGGAGAGAAUUAAAUUUAUAAAUAAACCUUUAAAAAAGAAAAAAGAAAUAUUAUAAUAAAUUACACUUUAAUAUUUAAAAUAAAGAUAAAAAAUAAAACUUACAACUCAAUGUAAUAAUGAUGAUAAAGACAUACAUAUGUACACCAAAAUACACAUAAACACACACACUCCCUCACUCCCACCCGUUCAUACACACAAAAGCAUACGCAACAAACGCAAACGCUAAGCAGCGAUACAUUUCCCAUAUGAUCACAUAACACCACCACAAACAACAACAUCAACAACAACUAGUAUAUUUAUUGUGUGCGUUUAGGCGCAAGUUCCAUUUGUAACAAAUGGUCCUCCUUGUAGAACGCGUGGCAGUGCCGCAAUCGUAUACUAAUUGUAGAAAUUGUGUUGGGAAAAAUGCAAAGCAAAAACAAAAUACUGAUGGCCGUUGAUUAUUCCACAAGAAUAUAUGACACCAUUAUGAGAUACAUACAUAGAUACAUAUACAUGUAAGUCAAAUAAUGGACACCAUAGCAUCAUACCAACACAAAAAAGAGAACACAAAUGCAUUGAGAAUUUGAAAAGCAUGCGAUAAAAAAAAAAAGUAAUGCAAAAGCAAAGAAAACUUUCAAUGGUAUAAAAAUAUGCAAAAGAGAUUAUAAUAAACAUAUAUUCCAGUAAUGACACACAAGCAAAGCAAGAAAAAGAAAACAAAAGCAAAAAAACAUACGCAAAUGCAAAUGCAACAACAAGAAACAAAAGCAAAAUAAGCAACAGUUAAUAAACACAUACGUACAUAUAUAUAAAUUACAAAAACAAAAAGCAAAAGUAAAAGUAAAAUAUAAACUUAUUAGCUAUGGAUAAGUAAUGUAAAAUCGAUCAAUCAACCGCAACAAUGACAGGCGAACAAAACCGAACAAAUACAAAAACAAAAACAAACAUUACCUACUACAACCAAACCAUACAGCAACAAACAUUCAACCGUAACAACAAAAAUAAUAUAACACAUACUUAUAACAAAAAAGAGUCUUAUUAAAUUGUAUUUAAAGUUAAAUAUGAAAAUGAAAGGAAGCUAUUAAAUUAGCAAAUGGAUUGAAUGAUGGAUGUAGGCACAGGCACAGGCAGAGGCACAGUGCAGAAAAAUAUUUCGAUGUGUUUGUAGAGCAGCAUAAGCGGCAUUGAAGCAACAAUGAGUAGAAAGUAGAGAGACACAGUAGACAACAAAAGCAACAUACCAAAACACAAACAAAAAUAAAAACACUUGAACUGCAUUGUAAACUAAAACAACAACAAACAACAACAGCUUAUGGCAAAUAUUUUGAAAAUCGGCAAAUUGUCGCCUCUGCAGAAAACGAAAGUAUGCAUACAAAAUACAAAAUACAAAAACAACCAACAGCAAACCACAAAAUAAAGAAAUGCAAGUAAAGCGACAAAUGAGCAGCUAGCAGGAAAUUUAUGGAAAAUUUAAUAAAAUAUGUAAAAACAAAAACUGAAA